AUGGAUGAUAAAUAUAUAGGACUAGCAUUGGCAAUGUCAUCCUCAUUAGCCAUAGGUACUUCAUUCAUAAUAACAAAGAAAGGGUUAAUGGAUGCAUCAUCUAGAUCUUCAAAUAAUAAUGGUAUACAAGCUUCUGAUUAUUUACAAAAUCCAAUUUGGUGGGGUGGAAUGAUAACAAUGGCUAUUGGAGAAAUUGCAAACUUUGCUGCUUAUACUUUUGCUCCUGCUAUUUUAGUUACUCCAUUAGGUGCUUUAUCAGUUAUAAUUGGUGCUGUAUUAGCUGCUAUUUUUUUAAAAGAAGAAUUGGGUACCUUGGGAAAAAUGGGUUGUGCUAUAUGUUUAAUGGGUUCAGUUAUUAUAAUAUUACAUGCUCCACCAGAUAAAGAAGUACAAACUGUUGAUGAAAUAUUAGGAUAUGCUACUCGACCUGGUUUUUUAUUUUAUUGUUUGGUUGUUGGUCUAUAUUCAUUAUUUGUAAUUUAUAAAAUUGUUCCAAAAUAUGGUGAUACUAAUCCAAUGAUUUAUUUAUCAAUUUGUUCAUCAGUUGGUUCUAUUUCAGUUAUGAGUAUAAAAGCAUUUGGAAUUGCAUUGAAAUUGACAUUAAGUGGGAAUAAUCAAUUUACUCAUGUAUCGACAUAUUUAUUUUUAAUAGUGGUUGCAAUUUGUAUAGUUACUCAAAUGAAUUAUUUCAAUAAAGCUUUAGAUCAAUUUGAUACAAGUAUAGUUAAUCCGCUUUAUUAUGUCACAUUUACAACAUUUACAUUAGCUGCUUCAUUUAUUUUAUUUGAAGGUUUUAAUACUUCUUCAGCAGUUGAUAUUAUCAGUUUAUUAAUUGGAUUUUUAAUAAUCUUUAGUGGAGUUUAUUUAUUAAAUAUUUCAAGAAAAGAAAAUGAUAACAGAGAAAUAUUUGGUGUUCAUUCAUCAAAAGAUAUGGCACCUUUAGAUAAUGGAGUUGGUGGAUUUUCAACAGUUAGAAGAUCAAUGCAAAUGAAUAGAUCAAUGGAUUAUGAUAAUGAAGAAACUGUUGGAUUAAGAAGAUUUGAUAGUUUUGAAAUAGAUAGUGAUAACGAACAGCAUUCUCAUAGACAUUAA